AAAACAUACGUUGAAUUACUUAGAUAAAAUUUAAUCAUUUAAACAGUUGGUUUCAUAAAUUGAAAAGUUAUUGACAUGCAUUUAAAAACUACACUAAUUUUUUUUUCAAUAUGUUUUUUUACCAGCACAAAGAGCAAGGGACUCACUGCGACUCAAUUAGCGCACGUUAAAGAGAUGAUGCAUUGGUAUUUUAUUAAUAAUCGUGAUGUAAUACAAAAAGUUUUAAAGGAAUUUGGUAUCAAGGAGGAAUACGAUUAUAACCCUACAGAUAUGAAUAAUGUAAAAACCAACAAGAUUCUGUUGUUUUUGGUUGAUGUUGAUAAGAUUGGCGAUAACCAAAUGGUAGAGAAAUUGAAUAAAGUGGACGUUGAAAAUAUCUACGCUGAAUUCUGUAAGGUUCACAAAGACGGAAAUGGUCUUAUUGAUAAGGAACAAUUCAUUGAAUUGAUUGAUGCAAUUGGAUACAGUGGUCUUAUUAAAAACGCAGAGACACUGGACAAAAAUGCCGAUGAAAGUAACAAUGAUAUUUUGCUUGAUUUUAAGAAAGAUAUUAAAAAUGAUUGUCAUAAAGAUUUCAAUUUAGCUGAUGUUUUAUACAAGGUAUUAUUACACAGGACAAAAUUGAAAAAAACAGAAUUUGGCUAUAAUGAAGAUAAUAUUUACUGGUGUAAUCUAUUUCUGAAAUUCAAUAAACAAUUUAAUGUUAAACAAAUCCAUGAUGUAUAAAAGUAAUAUUUUUUUAAAUUUUAAAACAAUCUUGUUUUUUAGCAAAACAAAAUAUUCUAAAGCUAUCAAAAUUGUAAACUUCACAUCCACUCAUUUAUUGAAUUAAAUUAUAAUCAUUGCAUUAAUUUGAUUUAAAUCUAGAAUUUUUUUUUCGUGGACUCUGUGCAACUUAUUUACGAUGGGGUGGGAAGUAAAAGGGGCCUUACCUCAAUAUAAAAAUUUAGCCUCCACAAAAUUAAAAAAAAUUGUUAGCAUUCUUAUACUUUUUACUGUACAGGGUGAUUGACUAACUAUGCCUCACGAAUUUUCUUUAAAAAUAUUAGUAUUAUCGUAUAUGUAAUUAUUUUAUUUGUUAUAAAUCUUUGUUGAGCUACUUGACAAGAAAAAUGAAGAUUCAAUCUUCAUCCCUCAACCCUUAAAUCAAUAUCAACUUUAGUUUUUCAAAUAGCAACCCAGUUUUUUUUUUUUAUUAAUCUUGUUAAUAAUAAAAAAAAAAUGUUCUCAAAAAAAAAAAAUCAAUUUUAAUAAAUUCUAA